AUGCUCUCAGCCCAGCUGCUUACAGCAGACGCAAAGAGACGUCGGACAUCUGCCGCCGAACGCCUUGAAGAUCCGGGGAACGGUCGAGGUGGAAUUCAAACUGCGACGCGCUGCCGUUGCAGCAAGCUGCAUGCAGAGCUUGUUGCCACGCUACGCCGAAAAGCACCACGACGAAAUCGCACCGAGGCGCUUGAGUUUAGGUUUGCCGGCUUGGCUGCAGGCCGAGCUAGCCGAGACCGAGGCAGAGUGUUCCACUGCUGGGCACCAAAAGAGGCUGCUGCUUGCUAUGGUAACGUCGUCCGGGUGUGUAGGGUCGGCGACGACGACGACAACGACGACAACGACCACGAGGACGAGGAUGACAACGAUGACGACCGCGCCGACGGAAACAGAGUAAAAAAUUUCCAGGGCUCCUCGAGCCUAGGAGACGUCGAUCGCGAAGGCAAACAGACGGAAAAUCCAUAA